AUGGAAUCGAAAUUUGAGAAGCUUUUUGUUAAAGGAACAGGCGUCCCGUCGAAGUCUUUAGAUAAUCGCCUUUCUUCAGAUGACCUAGUGGAAUUUGACGAAGGCUUCGUCGAUACCCCGAUCCCUACGUUGACAUGGCGCUCGUUCGCUAUGGGCUUGUCCGUGUCGAUGGGAGGGUUCAUUUUUGGAUAUGACACUGGCCAGAUCGCAGGCGUACUGGAGUCGGAUGAUUUCAGAAGGCGGUUCGGUGAGCUCGAGGCCUCUGGCGAAACCUAUCAUUUCUCACGUGUUCGCGCUGGCCUAAUUGUGGCCUUGCUCUCCAUUGGAACGCUCAUAGGAGCAUUGGUUGCUGCACCUUUUGCCGACAGAUUUGGCCGGAAGUGGACAAUGUCCGGUUUCUGUGUGAUAAUUAUUGUCGGUGUUAUUGUUCAAAUGACUUCCGAAUAUCCUAAAUGGUAUCAGGUGGUUCUUGGCCGUUGGGUUGCGGGUCUUGGUGUCGGUGCGCUUUCGGUGCUGGUUCCACUAUAUCAGAGCGAGAGCGCCCCACGGCAUAUUCGUGGUGCUAUGAUAAGCGGUGCCUGGCGGAUUCCGCUCGGGAUAACUUUCAUCAGGAUAUUGAUCCUGGGCAUUGGGGCGUUACUCUUCCCAGACUCCCCCCGUUUUGAUUAUCGGGCGGGGCGUAUUGACAAAGCGAAAAAGUCAUUGAUGCGGUUCUACGGCAUACCACAUAAUCACAAACAGCUCCACCUAGAACUCGAAGGAAUCCGUGAAAAGUACGAGGAAGAUAUGGCUGCACAAGAUGAGCGCUGGUAUCACAUGUUUUCCGCCCCCGGAAUGAAGCAUAGACUUCUGCUUGGAGCCACUUUGCACGGUCUGCACCAGCUCACAGGGGCUAAUUUCUUUUUCUAUACUGCGGCAACUGUGUUCAGGGGUUUUGGUGUCCAAAACAGAUAUAUUUCACAAGUUAUCCUUGGCGCCAUUGAUUUCGGGGGAUCUUGCCUCAGCUUGUAUACAGUUGAGAAUUUUGGCCGUCGCAAGUCCCUAAUAGUUGGCGCAAUCUGGAUGUCCGUGUGCUGCGCGGUUUACGCUUCCAUCGGUCAUUUUGAACUCAACGAAGCCAUGCCAGAACUCACGCCUGGCCCUGGGAGAGCGAUGGUUGUAGUCGCUUGUUUGUUCAUGCUAGGGUUUGCCAGUACCUGGGGACCGAUAGUCUGGGUUAUCAUCGCAGAAAUAUAUCCUUCCCGCUAUCGUGCCAGAGCCAUGGGCCUUGCGACAGCAUCGAACUGGCUUUGGAAUUUUCUGCUCGCCUUCUUCACUCCCUUUAUCACCGAGGCUAUUGACUUCAGAUACGGUUACAUCUUCUCUGGCUGCCUCUUCGUUGGCGUGGCAACUGUAUAUUUUGGUGUCAUCGAAGCUUGCGUAUUCCAACCUGGACAAGCGGGGAUGAAUCACCAAGGAAUCCCCCGACGCUCGCUGGUGAAAAUCAAACUUCCUAUCACAAUGGUGCUUCCAACCCAUGCGAUAUUUCCGAACCAAGUUCACGCGAAGAUCCAAAUAGUUGUGCGCCAACAUUAA